UUAAUGCAGAGAAUGUCGUGUUGGAGAGGGAUGAAGAACAAAAAGAGAAAACGUAGGUGUUGGAUGCGAAUGAAUUAUGGGUGUAAACAAGGUUGAGGCGUUUUUCUCAACCACCCUCAUCCUAUGGCUCUGCUCCCUUUCCUUCCACAUACUCUUCAACCACCGCACCCACCUUCUCUAUGUCCUCGCCGGUUCCUUCUUCUACCAAACCGCUAACUCCCUCAUCCGAUUCUUCUUCUCCAAACCCACUGACCCUCUCUUCGUUAACACCGCCGUCUCUCUUCUCCACUCCGCCGUCACCUCCACUUCAGUGAUCUUCAUCUUAUCCAAACAGUGGUUAAGUAAUGGGUCGAGUGGAAUGUUUGAUCACUCACAGUUGGUUGAAGGCACUUGGCCAUGGGCAUUUGAGGCAUUGAGUUUUUCCUGUGGUUACUUUGCAUAUGAUCAGUGGGAUAUGCUUCGUUUCCGCUUAUAUAAUGGUUGGAUCCCUUCUAUCCUUGUUCAUCAUCUGGUUCUACUUAUUUGCUUCACUCUUGCUUUGUAUCGAAAUGUCACCAUCAACUACCUCAUUCUCACUCUCAUCUGCGAGCUGCAUUCCAUCUUUCUGCAUGUGAGAAAAGUGAGACGAAUGGCUGGUGUUCGCGAUGCAAAGAGCAGCAUUGUUAAGUUAGAAUGGUUUCUUAAUUGGGUCACCUUCCUUGUGGCAAGAUUUGCAUCUCACAUUCUCAUCACAGUCAAACUCAUCAGGGAUGCUCACAAAUUUGAAAAGGGUGUGGAGCUACCUAUGGCUCUGUUUGGCAUGGCUGGGAUGAAUCUGCUUAACAUUGGUCUUGGCAUUGAUCUCCUUAAAGCUUUCAAGAGAGAAAAGAAGUCCCAGCAGGCUAAUCAUCGUCAACAUCAUGAAUGAUACAAGACGAAAGCUUAAUGCUGUGUACACCUUACCUUUUCUGUGUCAGCACAAAGUUGCCAGUCCCAUCAUUGGCGUAUAGCAUUAUUCUUGACUCGUCCAUUAUAUAAACAGCUUAGUUAAGCAUUUAUCCCGGAAGUACAUAUUCAGAACCUUGAGAAAAUUUCUUAAAUAAGCUCAAAGUAGUUUAUAGGUUGAUUAUACUUAAAUCAUAAAUUGAUCUGAACAACUUAUAAAAAUAUGCUCAAAAUAGAUUAUAGUUAAAUUGAUCUGAACAAUUGUUGUAUAAA